CGUGGGGAGUGACAGGGUCAGGAUGGGCCUCAGGGAGACGGGGGCUGGGACGCUUGGGACCCUGAGCCCCUCCCCAUGGUGCCCGGAACCCAGUGAGGGGGCCCCACCCCCGACUUCCUGCGGCACCGGCCACAUCCUGCCCUGGGGUGCCCUGCGCAGGCCACUUCCCCCUCUGGCUGGGGCGGCAACCCCAGAACCUGCUGGACAGGGGCGAGGACAGACGGAGAAGGAUGGAUAGAUUCUGGACGACCCCCGGCCAAUUCUCCCUUCUGGCAGCUCUGGUCCCGCGGCCGGUUCAGGCCCAACCCUUGGCCCAGCGGAAGCCGUGGCUGGUAGGGCUGGGGGCUGCGCUGGCCUUCCUGUUCCUCAUCUUUGUCCUCACCUUGGUCUAUGCCAUCUGGUGCAGCGAACCCUGGGACAGCAAUAAAGAGAAGGAAGAGGAGACUGUGAGAAAUGAGGAGAAGGAUGGAGAGGGCGACUGGGGGUUGGAACUGGAGGAGAGAGGGGCCUCCGAACCAUGAAGCAAUGGCAAGCUCCUCCUCGUGAAGGUUUCCCACUCAUCUCCUCCAGGCAGCCACCCAAAGAUGCCCCAGGGGUAUGCCCCUCCAUACCCUAUCAGCAAGGACCCGGCCCUGGGGCCAGUGAGAUGACUCCAUCUGGGAUUCAGGGUAAAGUGCCCUUGAGUGCAGAGGACUCAGGACCUGCCCCAAGUCCCUCUUGGAGGGCUCUCUGCGUGUUACCUGGUCGCCCUGUACCCCUUCCCAAGCUUGGUCUCCACCUGAUAAUUCUUCUUGAGCCUGGAGGACACCCCUGGCGCAAGGAGCAACCCACCUCCCCGAGACCCCCUACUAUCUCAUAUCUCUACCCAGUCUGCAUCGCUGGCAGCUUUUGGCCCUUUUGAUUUCUUCUCCUACCUCCGAUUUCUAUUGCCCUUUGGAUUUCAUCGGAGAAGCCAGGUCCUCCUCUUGCCCACGUGCAAGCUCUUCCAAGAGUUUUCCAGGCCUGCUUCAAUGAAUCCAUAGGAAUCACUUGUCUCCCAGCCCCUCUCCUGGUCUCGGUUUGCUGCUCCUGAACGUGAACUUUGAGCUGGCUCAGAGCAAGGCCGUUUCCUGGGAGAUGAGGGCUCCUCCUACCUUGUGCUGAGUUUCAGGGCACUGUCCUGGAGGCUGGGACUCCCAGGGCCUGGGGUGAGGGUGCAGGA